CAGACAUGAAGUAAACAAACCCCAGGUGGAGGGUACUCAAACUCUGACAGCCAUCACUCUUAAAAGAUGCAGAAAGUCGAGGAUAAUACAUCACAUGUUGGUAGUGACACUGGUAAGACUCAGAAGACCUUAUUACACUUCUUCCAGAAACAAUCUGUCUCCAGCCCAGCCAUUAAGGAGAUCACUUGCCCAGCUUGUAACCUCACAGUCCCAGAGAGAAAACUCAACUGGCACCUUGAUUAUCACUGCACAAGUAAAUCAAAGCCAAAUAAGAAAGGAAAGACUAAGAAAAAUACAAACUUAAGGGCCAAGAAAAAUAAAGAAGGGAAGCUGAGAAAGCCGCCUUUACUGUCUGAUGGCGAGGGUGACGGUGAGGACUUCACCGUGUUAUAUGUAAACAAAAAUAUAAGACCAGAAAACUGUGACUCGGAUUGUGAUGAUGAGUACAUACCUUCAUCUAUGGUAGAAACACAAUUAUUUGAAUUAGAUGAAAUGAACAUUUUUGUGCCAUCGAAACCCGACCUUUCCUUCUCUCCCAGCUCUAACAAAACUUCAUUAUUGAACAGGCUGGAAGCAGGUUGGGAUUCACCACAGACAACAACUGAAAAAGUUAGUAGUAAUGUGUCCCAACCCUCGCCAUCCUGCUCACUACACACAGAGUCUGGGAAAAUAGUAAAAGCCAUGUUGGAAGAGGACUGGGAUUCAUCAUCGCCGCUGACAACACCAGACAAGAAAGAAUCUCUUACACAAAAUGAGAACAAGAACAGUUUAAUACCCCAUAAUAGUUUCCUUAAAACUGAGUUGGAGAAUGACAAGUUUGAAAAGCCUUCUCUUCAAAUUAAAACGCAUGCAAAAAAAUUGUCAAGUAAUAGUUCAAAUUGUACAUCCACAGAAGUAUGUAUAAAACAAAAGAGCGAUGAUCCAUCUUGUGAUAAAGGACCCAAGACAGAUUUAGGAAGUGAUAGUGAUUUUGAAAAAACUAACAUUAUAUUUAGAACACCAGAGAAAACAAUUGGUUCUCAAGCUAAAAACUUUAAAUCUCUUUCUCCCAAAGUAAAAAAAGAUGAAAACAAUUCUCUCUCGUCAGGUACAAAAAUCAACACAGAUUUAACAUAUGAAAAUGAUUUUCAAAACACUACAAAAAUAAAGGAUAACUCCCCACAUCCUGAAGUAGAAACAACAGAUGAAAGAGAGAGAGCUCUUCAAGUGUUAGCUACCCCACAAACAAGUGACAUGUCAGAUACUGAAGAGGGAAGUGUGAACUUGUUGAGCCCAGCACUUGUGACCCCCACAAGGUCCCCGACCCCACCGCUGAGUGAUGAAGGCCAUGGUCCUGUCAGACGGCUUUUCAAAGGUGAGAGUCCUUCAAAGUUGAAUCAGGUUGUGCAGGACUCCACUGUAGAACUUUCAAUGAAAAUAAAUCCUUCAGAAGUAAGAAUUUAUACAAAUAGUUGUGCAGAUGUGUCCAGAGCUGGAAAUAACCUAGAUGAUGCCUUUGAUGCAUUAUCUCAGUUCUCUUCACAAAACAAUAAGACUAGGAGAAGUCCUUGGAAAUUGAAGCAAGGUCUAAAAAGCACAGGAUUAUUACAGAAUUCCACAUCAAGCCUUCCACUGCUGAGCCAGAGAAAGAAAACACCUACCCCAUCUCCUUCUAAGUCACCCUCAAAGUCAAGCAGUGGUCAGCCAAGUCCAUUAAAAGAUAGAGAAGUUGAUCAGUUAUUACAGAGAGAUUCUUCAAUAUAUAGAAACUAUAAAGGAUAUUAUUUAGACAACUUCCUCAGAAUUUUAGAGACUGUUUUGUCACAGCCACAAGACUUAAAACUUCUGGAUGAUGAAGACCUGAACACCAUCAGCACCUUCCAGAACCUUACACUGUCCGCUCAGAAGCUCUAUGUUCGACUCUUCCAAAGAAAGUUAAAAUGGAUCAAACUUUCCAAGAUUGAUUACAAAGACAUAUGUGACCAGGAGGAUACUAUGCUAUAUGUGAAUGAACUGACUUAUGCAAAUUUCUUACAAGGAGAAAGUGAACUGACCAAUUUAGAAGAGGUACUUAUGCUGUUAUCCAAUGAUGAACUACACGGACUUUGCAAGCAGAAGAACAUACCUGUUGGCUACAAGAAAAAAGACAAAAUGGUUUCACUAUUACUCAAGUUCAACAAACAACAGCCUUCCAUUGUUGCGGCUUUUUCUAAAGGAGCUAAAAGAAGCUCUGCUUUUAUGGACAGUGCCAAGACUUGUUUGGGGCAUUGUUGCUUGGUAAACAGGACUGUGAGGCAGGUGUUCAUGAGAGUGUUGAUGUUGUACGGGCUGCCCCAGUAUGAUGAUGAAGAGGAGGGAGGCCAACAGGCCCAGCUGACCACUCUGCUCAUGGUCAACAUGGGCAAGACGAAGUUCCCUCACUAUGACAUAGUUAGACAAAAUUCAAUUUUCCAGUCAAGAGACGAUCUCUUAAGAUUUGAGAGUUGUUCCCAGAUACAGUUAGAUGUACAAGAGUGUAUGGAGAAGCAUGAGUGGGAGGAGGCGCUCAAUCACUGUCAACUGGCCAAGGCGACCUACCAGGACCUCCUCCAGGAUAAACACCUCAUGGAACACGAUAUGUCACUACCGAGGUUCUUGCGCCGUUUCACAUCACUGUCUCUCCUGGUGUACAUUAUGACCUGUUCCGUGGAGUGUUACCAGAGGCUGAGGAAAUACCAGAAGGCCGUGAACGAGCUACAGGAACUGUUGGACCAGACCACGCACAUGCAAGACUUUCGUGGCCGCUGGUACGACAGACUGGCCCUCAACUUACAGACCCAUUUGAAGAAACCAGCACUUGCUGUUGAUGUAAUAAGUAAAGCUUUGGAUGAUCCUGAAGUGAGAGAGGGCCAUCGCCUGUCAAUCAGCCAAAGGGCCCUGCGUAUGGCAGCGUCCCCGCGAUACAAGUCCCAUGCUCCUGCCAUAGCCAAGUUGCCCCUCACACAACCUAGAGAAGCCCCAAAGAUCAUCAUAGAAGGACGACGCCUUCCAGGUGAUGUUUCUGGAUACAAGAUAUCUUUCAUUCGUCAAGACUCUCAUCGCCACGCUGGGGAUGGUGCUGUCACAUUCUGCUCAGUAGAGGAGCUGGUUCUUGGGCAUUAUAAGGAUCAAGGCUAUGAUAAAGGCCUCCACCGGGAAGGAGCUACAGUUAACUCCCUGUUCGGUAUAUACUUCUGGGAUAUAUUGUACGCUCCUGUGUGUGAUGUCUUCCGGUUCCCGCAUCAAGCAACACCACUGGAUCUAGAUGAUGGCCACUUUUACACAGCCAGGAAGGAACAGAUUGAGACCAGACUUGCUGAGCUACGUAGUUGGACAGAAGAAGAAGGAUCAGCUGAACUAGAAAGAAUCUGGAGUAGCCACGCUGGAGAGGUUUCCAUGGUGUCUUGGGAUAUCUUUCGAAGUCUUGAACAUGCAAAGGGUUUGAUUGUCAGCUUGAGUUUACCAGUGUUGGCCGCUAUAUGUGCUCGUCUGGCUAAGGAUCACAGGUUUACUCGCAGUGGCUUCCCAGACCUGAUUGUAUGGAACCCCACUACUAAAAAAUGUCGCAUUGUUGAAGUGAAAGGCCCAAAUGAUCGAUUGUCGAUGAAACAGAUUCUCUGGCUUGAUUACCUCAUGUCAAGUGGAGCGACUGCUGAAGUGUGUCAUGUAGAAGCUAUUGGUGCCAAGAAGAUGAGCAAGGCAUCCCCCCGCAAAGUGUCACCGAGGAAAGUUUCCCCAAAGAAAGUUGUGUCUCCCAAGAAAGUUUCCCCAAAGAAAGUUGUGUCUCCCAAGAAAGUUUCCCCAAAGAAAGUUGUGUCUUCCAAGAAAGUUUCCCCAAAGAAAGUUGUGUCUUCUCAGAAAUCUAGUACUUAUAAAGAAACAGAAAACAAAUCUGAAAAUGUACUAAAAGAGAACAAACAAACAAAAAAGAACCAAAGAAAGAAAGUUGGUGAAAGUGACAGCUCAGUCAGAAUGAAAGCUCACAAGAGCAGUGACAGUGUUGCCUGGAGUAACAACAGCUCUGGAGAUGAUUUUGAAGAACAUGGCAAUAAAAUUACAGAAAGACAUAGUAGGAAAAGGAAAAGUGAUGAUGAUCAAGAGAAGAAAAAGAAUAUGAGAGCCAAAAAAAUUAAGGAAAGUGAUGAUGAUGUUAAUGAUAAAAAGCAAACAACAAAAUUGAACAGAAGAAGGAAGUUAAAAUAGUAUAUAAGUGUUUGGAGUUUGAAUUAAGUUUAUAUGCAGAAAAUAACUACAGUAAGACCCCCACACAACACCCAUUGUUAUCACAAUUGUUGUGUAAAUUUCUAUUGCAGUGUUUGUGAAAUUAAUCUCUUGAACAAAACUUCUUAAGGUGUUAGGAGUGGCAGUGCACUACAUUAUGCUUAUGUUGCAUGCAAUAUUUUUGACCAUGCAUUUCAUCUUUAAUCAGUGUCUUAUUUUGUUUUGACCGUUAAUGGACUUAAAGUCAGUUUAGUAAGAUUGUUAUUAUUGUGGGUGCAAGUUGAGCAUCUUAUUUGGAGUCUUGGUAUUUCUGAAAUACCUUUCUUACAGUGUUUAGUAUACUGUAAAUGGGGAUUAAGCAGUUCAGCAUUCUUCCCUUUGUGAUGCUGAAUGUAGGUGAAUCUGGCAGCAGCUUCUUUUCUUAGUGUCACUGAUCAAAGCAUCUCUGUUGUGCAAGUUGAUUCCAUAGGUAUGACUUCCCAACACUAAGACUAUGAAGUGAUAACUGUCUCCUUCUGGACCUCAGUAUGAAGAUGAAGGAUGAUGUGGUCUUCACAUUUAAUUGAUUUUUAAAUUCCAAUCACAACUCAAUGCCCACGGAAUUUCAUCCCAUGGUCUUGGUAGCUCUGCAGAGUUACUCACUGCACCUUGGUUAUCAGAAACAAUUUCAAGGGGCAAAUCCUCCAUUUCUAUAUAGAGUAAAGCCUCGAAUAACGAACUCAAUCCGUUCCAGAAGGUCGUUCGUUAACCGAAACCAUUGUUUCAAUGGGUUUUUGGGUAAUUGGUUCCAGCUCACCGAAAAUUUCC